AUGUACCCCGAGAUCCCCAGUCGCCAGUGGGUCUAUUCGACGACUCUUUGCAUAGACGCUGCCGUUCUUCCUUCCAGCAAAAGACGCAUGGAUUGUCAGCAUAAGGAAGGUGCCUUGUUGAGCUUGCAAACCGACCUGUGGAGGAGACUGGAUUCCGAGCUGCCUUACCCCGUUUAUGGGUACAUGCUUCCCAAAACCGCCCACAUGGUUAUCCCCAAUUAUGUAGUUCUGAAAACGUUGGCUCAUAUGAAUGCAAAGGAGCUGAGCAAGUUCUCGUUAGCAAUAGAAUCUUACAUUGGCAUGCUCAGGCACUUAAACUCGUUUGUCUUGGCUAUGCACGGGUAUAUAACUACGUUAGUUGAUAGAUGUAAGCCCUUGUUGGUCUCCAUUUCUCCUCCGAGCCUCUCUUCCUUAUUCGCCAAGUCACCCAUUUACUUGGAUCUGGCAUCAAUCUUGCCAGAGGAUGCAGCACAGAAAUUUAUCAUCUGGUACAGGGAGAUGAUGUCCUUUCUUUUGGAACUGAGUAUCUGGGUAAAGGAGCUGGCCAAUGCUCAAUCCAGCCUCAGCCCCAUCAUUCACUUGGUCACUGGAUACUCCUGCUUGAAAGAUAUGUGUAGGAAGCAGGAGAUUGCUUGUCAGAUUGUUAGAUUUAUGGCCGAUACAGAGUCAAUUGAAACGUGGAUUGAGCAGGUUGAAAGGCACAGACAAUCAGAGAAGUUUGGUGAAGAUUCUGUGGCCCCCAACUGGCACGACCAGCAGCUCUUAGUCAGAAACUGUCUGCAUGCGAUAAGCUCCAUCGCUUCUGUCGAGCUUGUAAAGGGCUCGAAUCGAAUAGAACGCAUAGAUAUAAACGCGGAUGUCUCAGCCUUAUUUUGCUCCCGUCAAUGGUCGGGGAGCUCAGAAGCACGUUUUAAGCUAAUUAUACAGGAGCUCACGGAAAAUAGGCAGCUCUUCUCUAGCUACAAAGCAUUCCUAUGUGAGCUGUCUUUCUUAGACGAUUUGAAGCGUCCUAAGCUCAGGGCUAUCUCCUCAGCCGUGCCAAAUUUAUCUACUGAUGGACAAACAGUCCUGGACAGGAUCUGGACAGUGUGUAGUUUUGCAUACACAAUUGAGACAUCCCUGAAGAACAGGGAUCACUUUAAUUCACGCUUCUAUGGACUUCUAGAGAACAUGUACAGCUUUGAUCUAGACGCUAUAUUAGCGAAUUGGAUAGGGGUUGAUGAGAUGUUAUCUUUGUACUUUAAAUUCAAGGAGCGAGUGGCUAAGACCCAAGAGUACAGCAUACUGUUGGACCAGAUCAUUUGCACCGUGGAUUCUCUCUCAUCUGUAGGAGACGAGUAUCUCCGGCUCAAUCCUGAUGUGGCAAACAAUGAUAUCCGUAGCAACAUAGCUGUGCCUCUCUUCUCUUCUAAUAAUAAAAACACAGAAAUGAGCAGCAUUAAGCAUUGUUUGAUGAAUAUGCACGAACUGUUGGCAAAGUACUUGGAUCUCACAGGUCUCAGAUACACAGAUGUCCUUAAACACGACCAUCUGCACUUCUACGUACUGCACCUUCUUCAAAUGCCGAAGAGCAGUGCAGUCGCAUUGUCCAAUGAUGAAAUCUCUGACAAGAUUCUUAGAAAUAUCGACUCAAUCAGCUAG